AUGGGCGAGGAUAGGUUGCUUGUGCAUGAGCGAUGCCAGCGUUUGACACUAGAUGAAGACAAUGCUCUCCUUUCGAAAGCUGGAUACCUGGUGACGCAGGAUGAUGGACCACAACAAUUGUGGUGGUCUGCAAACUUCUUGUAUGACAAAUUCAAAGCUGAUGGAGAUGAGAAAAGAACACUUCAUAAGUGGAUGGUAUACUUCAAGCAAAAGGUUUCUGACAGUGACCUUUGUGGUGAUGCGUUUUUUUGUCACACGCGAUCAGCAACCCUACCGCAGCAUGCCUUGCAUGACAAUGUGAUGACCACAAGAUCGAUUGUGGCUUUCCUCUGCUCUUGCUUGGUAGAAUCAAGAACAGCAAAGACGGUUCAAAUGGUGAAAGAUUGGGUCCCAUCUCUUUGCAGCAGAUUCUGCUCAAUGUUGACUCACUCGGUCAGCAUUGACAUUGAAGGCUUGCCUCCGCUGAUGUUGUCGCCAGCAGGCUUGGUAAAAGGACUUGAGAACACAUUGAGUUCUCAGCAUCGCACUUGCUUUACAGCGUGGCAAAAGGAAUGGCAAGCUAUGUUUGACUGCGGUGACUUGAAGGAUUCUUUAUAUAGCGAAUCAGAUUCAACGGUUUCCCUCCAAGAGCUGCUUCUGUUCAUUUUUGGAGUUGAGAGGCGAAGGAGAGGGUCUGGUGGCCAUGUUUGGGCUAAGAAUAGCCCCAGUGGAUCUGCGUUGUAUAAAUUGCAAAGAGCCGUUGUGGAGUAUUUGGCCAAUGGUGUCGAGUUGUACGUGCUACAUGAAUAUGUCCCGCGACACAACACAUUGAAGGCAAUACCAUCGAGACGGCUUGCAAAUGCUCCAGAUGCUGCUGGUGUACUUGAUGGACAAGUUCGGCCAAAGCCAUCUGUCAGGGUGCAAAUGACCCCAGAUGCCAUUUAUGCAAUAUUAUCUCGAGCCAGAGAAACCAGUGUCUCCAUGAAAGGUGCCCUUGACCUACUGCAAGAAGAGAACAUGUCUGCUAUGGCAGGCUGCAAGCCAACAGCUGUGGAUCCAUGGGUCCGCAGGGCUCUGUGCAUUUACGAUCAACGAGCUACACUGUCCUUAGUGGGUGUGAACCAUUUCAACCUGGUUGCAGAUGCGUCUACACAUUCUGGAAAGGAGGAAAACAAGCUGUUACGGGUUGCGUCGUACCGUCAGCUGCAAGCGAUGAGUCAACAACUGAAUUUGCUGAGUGGAGGACACAUAGCCAACUUGGAUCACUUCUCACUCCCAGCUGGUGUUGUUCUGAAAGCUGUGCCUCAUGGUUCAGCUCGCUUCACUGAAAGACAUGACAGUGGUCGUGUUCGAGCUGGCUUUGCUGCGGCCAAUGGGGAACGUGAGAUGCUCUUACCUGAAGCAAGGAGUUGGUGGUUAGAUGUGCCUCUACUUGUACUUCAGCUUGACCAAGGACCAACUUGUUGCGGGGGUGCUGCGUUUGCCAUUGGCAAGAUGGACAAAUUGAUCAUUGCCAAAUGGGAUGUGAUACACAGAGCUAUCCGUGAUGUCAAACUUGCGUUAUUGCAUGGAGCUGGUGGCGAGUUCUUUCAAGCACAGUUCCAUUCGCAAUAUCUCUUUUCAAUGGCCUACAAGCCAUUUGGGAACUCUGGCUUUUUUGAAGACAAGAAGAGAUUGUUGGAACUUAUGUUAUCCAAAGAGAGCUUUGAUUCUUGUCCACUCUUUGACGAGUGUUGGGAGAAGAUCCGCCAGGAGGUCGGUAUGGAACCUUCAUCCACGAAGAAGGAAGUCUGGGACACACUCCCGCUGCUGCCUGGCUUUAGCACCAAGCAGACCAUGCCCAAGCUUAGCAGAUGGUUUAGUUGGAACGAAUCUGCGCAGGAGAAUGUUCCAGAAUGGUCAAGCUUAAAACUCUGCUUAGCCUACCACUUUGACGAUUUGAACUUGGACCCAGACAAAGCAUAUGCAGAGCGUCAACAGAAGCAGUCCAACAAUGAUGGAACCAAAUCGGCGACCAACAUGAGGAAAGAGUUUGGCAGGCUGAAAGAAAAGGUUUUGGAGUUGAGCCAACUCUUGCUGAAACACCGCCUCUGGUCACUGUCCAAGUCAGCAGCACCUCCGGAUUGCUACGCUGGUUUGCUUUCAGCUGACCGGGAUCUGCAAGAGGCUGCAGCUUCAUUGCUGGCUGCUGAUCACCGCUACUUGCUUCAGCUGGAACAGGUUGCAGCCACCAGCACGUCCACACCAAAGUUGUUGACUGACCUGAAUUUGGUUUUCACAUCGCCAAUUCGAUUGCUCUUUCUGGCGUUUGAAGAAUCUUCCUACAGCUCCCAAAGCCCUGGCGGAAUACAUCUUCUUCGUGGAAUGUUGAAAACAUUGCCAGAUUCCAAGAUUGUCGAGGACAUACAUGGGAAAUUGAAAAGAAACGCAAAAAAAGGAUCCAACAGAAAGCAGUCACUUGGAGCACUGCAAGAGCUGGUUACUUCAUCGUCAGUGUUUGAAACCCGAGAGAUCAACGACAAGGCCUUUGUGACGAAGGAAGUCUUCAUGGAAGCUUUUCCCAGGACCAAGGAUCGCAAGCGGAAGCGGUAUUUGGCUCGCUUGCAUCGGCUACCAAAGGAAUGGUCUGAGAUGAUGGCAAGGAAGACUUGGGCAACCAUCAGUGAAGAGACAUUGCAUCAAGGAACAGCUGCAUUGUGUUUUCUCCGGAGUUACAUGAAGGACAACAUGGGCCGACAGGGAAUCCGCAUAUCGCAUGGAUGUUUCAGCAAGUUUGCCGUGGAGCUGUGCCUCAUGAUCAGAUCUGCUGGUGAUGGAUUCCCGGAAUAUUUGGGCUUUUGUCUCGGCAAUGCUUUUUGGAGCUCAUUGUUUUGGCCAGUUUGCCUGUAUCAAGAUGGCGACUUUGAAGGAUUUUUUUUGGACCCGCAGGGAGAAGCAGAGUGGGUGCAUGUGGUCAAUCCGCAAGCAUGGACUGUUCUGGUUCACGAUGCAGUUUUGUGUGGGAAUCAGAUUCUCAUGGUGGUCAACUCACGUGUGCCAUUGUUGCAUUUCUUUUUGGAAAAGGCAUCUCAUCGGAAAGCUUUGACCAUUUCAGACUUGACAUCGCUGGCUGAAGUUUUAAGCCUGGGCAGGGAUCAAUUUGAUCCCAAGAAAAUGAACCGCGAGACACUUCUCAAGGCCAUUAUCGAUCAUGUUGGCGUCAAUGAUCCAGAUUGGCUUUCCAAAGUCAAGGAUUCUAUGGACAAACCUGUCCCGGAAAAGCAAAUUGGAGAUUGUUUAGACGAACUGCUUAUGGCUGAGUUGCCCCAGGAGGAUCAGCGUGAGUUCAAAGAGAUCAGUGAAGAAAUCGACAACAAAAAAAAGAUGUGGCUGGAAUCUGGUUGA